AUGAAUAAAGAGAGUGUGCCAAUGUUUAAGUUUAUAGUCAUAGGCGAUCAAUGUAAGUGGGUAUGUCAGACUUAGCUGUGGGUAAAAGUAGCUUUGUAAAAUAAUAUUCCGAAUCCAUUUUCAUUGAAACUCAUAAACCAACUAUAGGGGUAGAAUUUGUAAAAAAAAUGGUAGUUGUGGAUAAACGCAAAGUUGAAUUAUAAAUUUGGGAUACUGUAUUUCAGGUCUUAUAAAAUAGGCUGGAUAAGAAUAAUUUCGUAGUAUGAUUAAGAGUUUUUAUCGUGGUGCAGCUGCAGUUUUUGUUUUGUAUAGCGUAAAUUAAAGAGAUUCCUUUGAAAAAUUGCAUGAAUGGUUGGCAGAAUUAAAGGAGAGUGCUCAUGAAGAAAUUGUUAAAAUUUUAGUUGGAAAUAAAUCAGAUUUGGAUAGAGAUAUUUCAAUAUAAGAGGCAGAAAAAUUCAUGAAUGGAAAUAAUUUUAGUUUAUUUUUUGAAACUUCUGCCAAAACAGGAUAAAAUGUAGAAAAAGUAAACAUAGUUAUUGAUUUUAAGGUUUUUGUAGAAGCUGUCAAAUUAGUAAUUAUGCGUAUGUUUACAAGUGAAUCCUUUAAAAACUCUAUAAAAACAAUCAAAAAGACACCUGCAAAUUCUAGACAAAAUACUAGUAGAAACGAACCAUAAGAUGAUUAGAAUUAAAUGCAGAAACCAAUACAAUUAUCAGUUACUCCGUAAACACAAAAACCAGAAGAAAAGCAAUGUUGUUGA